GGACACUGCGUGACGGAAUUGACUGGGCACUCGCAAACUGGCUGGUGCCAAAGAGCCAUGGACACGAAGUGGCCAUGGUGGCCUCGAACAUCAAAGUCUUCUUCCGAGUGCGGCCUAGCGCGCGACCUUCAAAGGCGCUGAGCCUGAAGCAAGAUGAAGGGAUAAUUGAAUUCACACACGACAAGACCACACCAGAUGGAGAGGUCAACAACAGCAAGACCCACUACAAGUUCAAGUUUGAUGGCAUUCUUUCGAUGAACAUCUCGCAGGAGGAUGUGUUCAACGUGGUUGCAAAGCCGGUCAUUGAAGAUGUUCUGCAGGGCAUCAACGGCACAAUCUUCGCGUAUGGCCAGACGGGGAGCGGCAAGACCUUCACUAUCACAGGAGGCGCUGAGCGAUAUCAAGAUCGAGGGCUGAUACCUCGAACCAUCGCGUAUCUCUUUGAGGAAUUCAAGAACCGGAAGGACGGCACUUACCGCAUGUUCAUUUCCUACCUUGAAAUCUACAACAACGAUGGUUAUGACCUCCUGAGCCGGGAGGAUAAGGCUACUUCCAAGCUGGAGGACUUGCCGAAGGUGCAGCUCCGAGAGGACGAGGAUGGCAACAUACACUUGCGCAAUCUCUCGGUGAACAUGGCCCAGAAAGAAGAGGAUGCGUUGAAUCUGCUGUUCCUGGGUGACACCAACCGGGUGGUUGCUGAGACUCCGAUGAACGAUGUGUCCACCCGAAGCCACUGCAUGUUCAUCAUGUGGGUGGAGUCCACGCAGCCGGACAGCGACACGGUGCGGCGCGCCAAGCUGCACCUCGUAGACCUUGCUGGCAGCGAGCGAAUCUCCAAGACGGGGGUCGUGGGGAACCUGCAGAAGGAAGCUCGGUACAUCAACCUAUCACUGCACUACUUGGAGCAGGUGAUCGUGGCCUUGCAUGAGCGUUCCACUGGGGGCCGAGCUCAUGUGCCAUACAGGAACUCGAUGAUGACAUCCGUGCUUCGGGACUCGCUUGGCGGCAACUGCAAGACGGUGAUGGUGGGCACUGCGGCUGUUGAGGAUCGCCACUUGGACGAGUCCAUCUCCACCUGCAGGUUUGCCCAGCGGGUGGCGUCCAUCAAGAACAACGCCAUCGUCAACGAGGAGCUGGACCCGGCGCUGCUGAUCCGGCGCUUGAAGAAGGAGGCCGCGGAGCUGAAGGAUGAGCUGAAGCUACUGAAUGGCGACACGGACGAGCAGCUUGCAGAGGAGGACAAGCAGGAGUGCAAACAGCUUGUUCAAGGCUACCUGGUGCAGCAGGAUUUGGAGGCACCCUUUGUUGGCGGCUCGCUGGGCCGAUUCCAGGAGUGCUUCCGAUUGCUGCGUGAGAUUUACCUGCAACGAGAGCCGACAGCGUCACGGGAGGGCAAGAGCCAGCUUCUUGGCCAAGGUCAAGGCGGCGUGCUGGGGACGUUGGAGGCUACACUCCAACAGCUGCACCACGAGGUGGCCAUGCGGGAUCAUGAGAUUGCCAUGCUUGUCAGCUCAUUGAGCAAGCGGGGUGGCAACAGUGCCAAGGAGGCAGCGCAGGCAGGACCUGUUUUGAUUCAAGCUCGCGGGCCCGCGGAAGCGCCGCAGCCGCGUGAGAGCGCAGGUGGCUCUGCUGCCAGCCCGUCUCCGGAGUGCAUUGGCACAGGAGAUGGCGAGGGACAGCCUGACUCUGCAGCGCUGCUGCUUGACAGGAACAAGGCCUUCGACGCCUUCCGAAAGUCCGUGCGCCGGAGUGAGACUCUGGACGAAGGCCGGGAAGCCAUGAAGAAGCUGGUGGCUGAAGCUCAGGAGGUGGGCGAGCGGGCCAAUGCUGCCCGCACGUCGGUGCAAGCCAUACAGAAGAAGAUCGAGAAGGCCCGCCUUGGCCGCGCGAUGGGCAGUGGCCCGCACGACCCCUCUUCCAAGGAGAUGCCCCCACUGCCUGACACACAGGAGGUGGCCGGCCUCUCCCGCGAGAUGGAGGAGAAGAUCGCCACUUACAAGAGCAGCAUGGAGAGGCUGAAGGUGGUGAAAGCAGAGAUUGACAGAUACAGGGCUGCAGCACAAGAGAACAAGGAGCGGCUGCAGCGGGACUUCGAGGCCUGGUAUUUGUCGCUUCAGGCUCACCAGGCGGGCGACCCAGGGGGGCAGGCGCAGGUGCAGGUGCCCGCGGCCACCCUGCCGGCGGCGGAGCCCAGGCCGGCGUCGGCCACUUCUCCACGCAGGGAAGAGGUGGAGCCAAACCCGAGGAGCAACUCGGCUUCGGCGCCUAGACAAGGAAUCCGAGGUAGAGAUAUGGCUCCUUCGCCUCAAUCAUCUCCAGAAAGACAAGCAGCACCUCCUGAAGUGUUGACAGGCAGACAAGCAGCACCUUCGCCCCACAUGCCUUCAAGUGCUGCCGCAGCUCCCACUGAAGCACUGACAGGUCAUCAACAAACCGAUGACGACAUCAGGGCCUACUUCGCGGCAGUUGCAAAUCUGGAGUCCAGAUGAUGGUUCAGUUCCGUGCGUGCGUAUUGAAUUGAACACAUUGUGCACCAUGGUCAAAAGAGGUCAGCUGGGUACCGUCAACAAGUUCCUGACUCUGGAGCUCAAAAACGGCCCCAUGCUCCGCAAUCGGCAUUAAUUUGACCAUGGUUCAAUUUGUGUAAAGUUGCGACACGCUGCAAACUUGUGCAAAACGCACGAGGCAAUCGCAGUGCUGUGUUAAUGCAAGCGAGUCUUCGCUUUGGGGCAAACGUCCUGGGCGUGGGACAGCGGUUGAAAA